AUGUCUUCCGUCAGCUCCUCAUCCACCUUUCGCUCCGAGCGCAUCAGUAGCACCUAUAGCCCGGCAGAAACCCAUUUCGAACCGCUGUUGGACGCGCCCCAUGGGAUCUUCACCCCGGGGCGGGCACGAGAGUCAUACGGAUACUCAGGCUCACCUUCAGCUGUGCAUCCGUCCCCUCUAGGGAGCAGCAACGUGGUGGCCACUGGAGACAAGUACCAGGUCCUGGCCGACGUCAGCCAGUUUGAGCCCCACGACAUUGUGCUGACCACAUACAACUACUGCAUUGUCAUCCAGGCAGAGAAGGUGGCAGAAGAUGGCACCGUCUCCAACACCUUCACCCAUAAGUGCCAGUUCCCGGCAGACAUGGAUCCCUUGUCUAUCAGCUGCACCCUGAACGACUCUGGCAUGUUGGUCAUCACGGCCAAACGGCGAGUCCUGACACCACCCCCUUUCUACCGCACUGAGGUCAAGCUCUAA